UUUGGCAAAUUGUGUUAUUUAUUCCUGACCUCGCCAGCGCCUCGUGGUCCCCUUCCUUCCUUGACGUCAAGUUCACGCCCACGCAGCGCUCACAAGCGAUCGAUCGAGUUUGGGGAAUAGAGAGAGAAGAAGAAGUUGAAGUAGUUGGGAGGGGAAUGGCGGAGGAAAAGCCGUUAAGACAGAUGUCGGAUGCCUUCAAGGAUCUCGCCUCCACCGUCAAUUCCUCCCAAACGGAGGACGUUGAGGUUGACGUUGCUUCCUUCUGCCGUGCCUGCUCUCUCGUCUCGCCGCUCUUCGGCUGUCUAGGAAUCGCCUUCAAGUUCGCUGAGAUGGAUUAUGUAUACAAGGUCCGCGAUCUUGCGGAGGCAUCCAAGUCUAUUACCACGUUACAGGCUAUGCUUGAUCGCGAUAUACAAGCCGAUUGCGUGAGGAAUGCUGGUAGUCAUACGAGAAACCUCUUGAGAGUGAAGCGUGGUAUCGACAUGGUUAGGUUACUCUUCGAGCAAAUCCUUGUUACCGAGGGCAAUUCACUGAAGGAUCCAGCUUCUAAAGCUUAUGCAAAGGUAUUGGCUCCUCACCAUGGGUGGGCUAUCAGGAAAGCUGUUGCUGCAGGGAUGUAUGCCCUACCUACCAAAGCGCAACUAUUGAAGAAACUCAAUGAAGAUGAGGCCUCAGCAAGGACUCAAAUGCAAAACUAUGUUGUUGCAUCUACACCUGUAAUUGUGUACGUCGACCAACUCUUCCAUUCAAGAAAUUUGGGUAUAGACUGGUAAAAAUAUGGUAUUUUCUAUGGAGCAGCUAAGAUUUUUGAUCUUAUAUUUUGAAAUCCUUCGUGUAUGUUGUAAUAUCAGAUUGUGUUUCUAAUUUGCUUUUCCAUCCUGAAAAUGAAAGAUCAUAAUGUGUUGUUUGGAUC